GUGAAUGAGAGAAGUAUGUGCCAGCCUGGGAAGCUACGUGCUAGUGGAGAAGGAACAGAAAUACUCAUCUUUGAAGCUUUUCCUGUGGCCUCCUCAAAAGUCUGGAAUUUCCUUGGCUGCUUCCUAACCAGAUUUGUAUCUUACCGUUUCCAUAAAAGAGAGCCCCUGAGGACAAACAUGAGGAGUGCAGCCAAGCCCUGGAGCCCAGUGGUCAAAGCGGGGACCCAUGGCUGUGACAGAGCCCGGCCCCUCCCUGCAGCCUCUUCCGGCAUGAAGAGUUCCAAGUCUUCAACCUCCUUGGCUUUUGAGUCCCGGCUCAGCAAGCUCAAGAGAGCCAGCAGCGAGGACAUGCUCAACAAGCCUGGAAGUACCUCCUCAUCAGGGGUAGUGCGACUGAAAAAGACUGCGACAGCUGGAGCCAUCUCUGAGCUUGCUGAGAGCCGCCUGAGGACCACUACAGUUCCAACAGCCAAACGGACAGGCAUUCCAACUCCCCGGGAACUCUCAGUAGCUGUCUCAAGAGAAAGGUCUGUUUCACGAGGUCCCUCCAACCCAAGGAAAUCGGGGUCCAGUCCAACUUCCUCCUGCACUCACACCCCUACCAAGCACCUGAGGACCACUUCUGCAAAACUCAAGCAAGAGAGUGAAGGGGGAGAGAAGGCUGUACUUGAGUCCCAAGUUCGGGAACUUCUAGCAGAAGCCAAAGCCAAAGAUAGUGAAAUCAACAGGCUUCGAAGUGAACUAAAGAAAUGCAAGGAGAGAAGGGCCCUGAGCACCGAGGGGACAGAUGCUUCAGACCCAAGUUCAGAUGGAACAGCAGCUCCAUCAGGAGGCACAGAGCCUUUGAUAAGAACCCUUGAGGAGAAGAACAAGACCUUUCAGAAAGAACUUGCUGACCUAGAAGAAGAAAACCGAGUCUUGAAGGAAAAACUGACUUACCUUGAGCAGUCACCAAAUUCAGAAGGGGCAGCAAGCCAUACUGGUGACAGCAGCUGCCCCACAUCUAUAACUCAAGAUUCAAGCUUUGGAAGCCCAAAUGGGAAUGAACUAUCAAGUGAAAUCGAUGAGUAUAAGGAAAACACAUAUGGAAAUACAUUACGGACAUCUGGUUCUUCAAGCAGUGAUGUUACCAAAGCUUCUUUGUCACCAGAUGCCUCAGACUUUGAGCACAUCACCACUGAUACCCUAUCUCGGCCCCUGUCCUCCGCUAGCAAUCCUUUUAAGAACUCCAAGUGUUCGACCACUGUGAGUUCCCCAAACAAUGUGAGUGAGCUGUCACUUGCUUCCCUCACAGAAAAGAUACAGAAGAUGGAAGAGAAUCACCACAGCACUGCAGAGGAGCUACAGGCGACUCUGCAAGAAUUAUCCGAUCAGCAACAAAUGGUGCAGGAACUGACAGCUGAGAACGAGAAGCUGGUGGAUGAGAAGACUAUUUUAGAGACGUCUUUCCACCAGCAUCGAGAGCGGGCAGAGCAGCUAAGUCAAGAAAAUGAGAAACUGAUAAACCUUUUACAAGAGCGAGUGAAGAAUGAUGAGUCCAGCACCCAAGAAGGGAAAAUCCUUGAGCUAGAGCAGAAGUGCACAGAUAUUCUUGAGAAGAGCCGCUUUGAAAGAGAGAAGCUGCUCAACAUUCAGCAGCAGUUGACCUGUAGCUUACGGAAGGUUGAGGAAGAAAACCAAGGAGCUUUGGAUAUGAUCAAGCACCUGAAAGAAGAAAAUGAAAAGCUGAAUGGGUUUCUAGAAGUAGAACGGUGUAACAGUAAUGCAAUGACCACAACUCUGGAAGAAUGUAGAGUUACCCUGGAAGGCUUGAAGAUGGAGAAUGGGUCCUUGAAGGCUCACCUGGAAGGUGAGAAGCAAAAAGCCAUGGAGCCCAGUAGUACCUUGGGGCAGACCGCAGAGAACUGUGAGCUUCAGGAAAUGCUGAAAGUAGCGCGAGCUGAGAAAGAUCAACUGGAACUGUCUUGCACUGAGCUCAGACAAGAAUUGCUAAAGGCAAAUGGUGAAAUUAAACACAUUUCAAGCCUGCUAGCUAAGAUGGAAAAAGAUUAUUCUUACCUGAAGGAGAUCUGUGAUCAUCAAGCAGAACAGCUGAGCAGAACCAGCCUAAAACUGCAAGAGAAAGCAUCAGAGAGUGAUGCAGAGAUAAAAGACAUGAAAGAAACUAUAUUUGAAUUGGAGGAUCAGGUGGAACAGCACCGGGCUGUCAAAUUACACAACAAUCAGCUCAUUAGUGAGCUAGAAAGCAAUGUGAUCAAGCUGGAAGAGCAGAAAUCAGACCUGGAACGGCAGCUAAAGACCCUGACGAAGCAGAUAAAGGAGGAGACCGAGGAAUGGAGGCGGUUCCAGGCAGACCUGCAGACUGCAGUGGUGGUGGCCAAUGACAUCAAAUGUGAGGCCCAGCAGGAGCUACGCACUGUGAAGAGGAGGUUGUUGGAGGAGGAGGAAAAGAAUGCCAAGCUACAAAAGGAGCUAGGGGACAUGCAGGGCCACAGCAGCUCCGUGGUCUCUGUCAGCUAGCAGAGCUUUUGGUGGAAGAAACACAGCCCAGCCCUUGCCAUGAUUGGAAACUACAGCCAUUUCUAUAUGAAAGGGGAAUCUGUAGAGGAGAAAUUACUAUUUUGUAUAAAAGAGCCUAGUUAUCUCCUAUGCCAUUCACUGUUCCAAGCAGUGGUACAUUGCAAUCAAGUCUCUUUACUUUUUUCUGCAAAUCAGCUCAUGCAUGAUCAAAGAUGAACCUUCACUUUUUGUUGUUCUUGUUGUUCCUCUCAAGAAGACUCAGCAAUCUCUGUUUUUGGAGAAUAAUACGAAGUUCUGGAAAGAUAAAAUAUAGGUCUUGUGAAGAAAUAUUUCAUAUGUUUUUAGAGAAUAGUAGCUUAGCAAACUCCAGUUGGUAGUGAAUGCAGCCCAUGCAUAGAUAGGUUCUGCUUUUUUGGUAUUUAUUUUCAUGCUGCUUUUUUGAAUAUGGGACCUGGUAAUCUUGGACUUGACAUUACCUAAGGCAAAAUACGAAGCCAUCUGCGUGAUGCCUUACCCUGAAGAAUUUAGAAAGUUCUCCCUUAUAUCAAGUCUUGAUUGAGCUUGUGUAAGCUGAGGUCUCACUUUAUUACCUCAUUUGAAACAAACUGCCACUAGCUUUGGUUUGAUUUCCAGAAUCUUUGUUAGGCUAAACAUAAACAGAUGUUUGGCUAAGAAUAAAAAAAGAUGUAGUUAGCCAGAUGAGUAUACACAGUGACAAUGCUAAAUGAAACCUAACUGAAACCUAAUGAAGGACAACUUACAACAAAAGCCUCAUGAAUAAAACUUACCGUGGAAACUUAAAGACUUUUAUUGCAGAAAGACACAACUCAGAGUGAUCCAGAAAUCAGAUUGGCUUUAACUUUAGAGUAGUACAUACUUUUUUGAAGAUCUCUGUCUAGUCAGCAAACUACCAGUGAAAAACCUCCUGUGCUUCUCGUGGGGAGCAUUUUGCAGUAUACAUAGCAUAGGGCUGUUAGCUGUAUAAUAAAAAGGAAAGUUAGGAUUAAGAAUGCUCUUUAAACUCAGGAAGACAGCAGAUUGGAGCACACAGGCUCACCAAAAAUUUAGCUUGACAUGAGAAAGAGACGUUGAUGCCUUCUUUAUAAAGAUAAUUAGAUACUCCCUGGAAUUAUCCUCCUGUUCUGGGACAUCUUUACCUCAGAUUGAAAAUUCUUAGAAUGACUUAAAAUGACUUGCUGGGUGUUUUCUAAUCUAGACAAUAAGAAAAAUGCAACCUCAACUUAAAAUGCACAGCUGUGUUAACCCUCAUAUUUUGAUCUGUCUUUACUCUGGGUAUUGUUGAAUAUUUUUAUAUGUAAGCAUUUAUGAAGUGCUAAAUAAAUGUUAUUAUUUAGAA